AUGAAUGAAAUCGCGUACAACAAGGUCGCGGCAGGCGGCGUGGAGAGACAGAUACGGAUCCUGAAGUGGACUGUGGCGGGUCUGUUUGCCACGGUCGUCUGCCUGACCGGAGCGUUCGUCUACGUCACCGUCAAUCUCUUCAGCAAACUGGACGCCGUGGAUCGGACGGAGCCGUGGACGGGUGGCGGAAGGCUGGGACCGGGGGACACGGGUUCUAAUCCCACCAUUCAGGAGAUCGUAGCAGAAAUCUUAAAAAACGAAACUCUCUGGCGGGAUAAACAUACAGAUACCAGCAGAAGAAGAGAGUUCGUGCCCCAGGGCCCCUUCACCCUGCAUAACGACUCCAGCAGGGCGUACCUGGCCAAACCCAUGGCGCACCUCACGGGGAAAUCUGGCUCGGCAAGGCACACUCGGCGGCACGGCAGGGGAGAGAGAACCGUGAGGAUCCAGAGCUGGGAGUCCCGACAGGGCCUAGCAACGGUUGCUAACGGCAUGACGCACAGGGAAGGCGCCAUCAGGGUUCCUGUGGACGGACUGUACUAUGUCUACAGUCAGCUGUAUUUCCGGCACGUGCGCCUCCCUGCGACCGACGGGAGUUCUGCAGAAGACCACACCGGUGACCACCAGCUGCUACACUCCACCUUCAAGAAAAGCGCCACCUACCCGGAAAAGCAGGAAAUCAUGAAGAGUGCAAGAACAAGAUGUUGGAGCAAAGACAGCCAGUACGGCCUGCUGUCUAGUUACCAGGGCGGGGUGUUCCGGCUGCGGGCGGGGGACAGGCUCUUCGUACAAGUCAGUAACGUCGCCUUGGUCAGCUUCGAGGAGGCCGCAAGCUACUUCGGAGCCUUCAUGAUAUAGAAGGAGAGAGCUACCACUCCUGUAGUACCCUCUACGAGUCGGGCUUUGGCUUUUUACAGUGAGAGACUGGCUAGCAUGCCUUCGUAGGACUACAAGAAACCGAGAACAGUUAGAACUGAAAUGCCAACAGAAAAAAAAAACGCAUCAUAAGUCGACGUCCCCCAAAAGUAGCCUCUGCCAGGCCUCACAGGUCGCAGUUAGCCGACCGAGGAGUUAAGUUUCCAGCCACAUGUGGAGUCUGGCAGGGGCUACAUCAAAAGCCAGACUCGUAAAACCUGCUUAGGAGGCAUCUACAACCUUUUCCUGCCAGGCCAGCUACAUACAUGUAACGGCUAUGGCCUAUAGGUCAAAAUGAGCCAAUCAGAUACAACCCCGCCUUUGUUGGAGGAACAGUUUGCAGCCAAUCACGUUGCGUCUUGACCCCUCCUGGCUUCGUCAUUGGUUGAUGACUUCCCCUCCAACAACAGGUGAUGAAGUAAGUGUAUCUGAUUGGCUGAUGACUACCUAGCACUGAACACGUGAACCAGGUAGUGAAAACUAUCAACUGUCGAAAGAUUAUGUCAAGUAAAUGGCAUAAAAUCAUGUUGUUUGCAACGGAAUUCCUGACAUGACUAUAGAUGUCUCGACAAAACAAACUUUAAGAACAUGAAUAUUUCUCUAAGUAGAGGAAUGUCAGACAGUAUUGGUACAUGCCAAGUUUUGUAAAAUUAAUGUAAAUAUGUACA